AGCGGGAGUGCGAUAAGGAGGCAGUAAAUGGCACCUAGUGCUAUCAGUUGCUAACAAACAGGAGCCCUGUGGUGGCCUCCGGUGCCAGGCGAGCGGAUAAACAAUGGGGAGGUAGCGGCCACGUGUCUGUGUCGGCAUCGGUACCGCUAGCCGGCUGUGGUGGGACCAGUGGGCAUGGGGUGGGACAGCAGGGGCUGGGGGUGUGGGGAACAUGUGAGCAGGUUCAGCCCCAUGGCUGAAAGGCAGCCAAGGUGUCUGCAUGUGGCUGCUCUGGGGCCCAGGUGGUGCUGACCGUAGGGAGAGAUGGUGGCCGCAGGUUGUCCCUUACACAGCAAGUGGUGAUGGAAAUGAGUCUCUCUGACCCUGGAGAGCAUAGUCCUGGAUGUCACCGCUCGUGCCACCUGCCAGCCCCAUCCCACCACCCACGGCACCCUGGGCUCCCCAGCUCCUGCCCUGCCCGCCAGCUUCACCCCACACCCGGACACCAGCCAGCACAGCCCACGGGUGUCUGGAUUCCCACUGCCAUGUCCCCACGGGCCGGGCCAAGUAUGACUCGGCAAUGCUCCAAAACCAAUGGCGGUACCAGGUCGUGAUGGAGCCCAGAAAGGUGCGAUGAGUGCAGUGGGGCUCGGGUGCCCCACUGGGGACUUUGGAACAAGAUAACGGCUGGGUCUGUGCCUGCCGAAGGAGAGCGGGGCAGUCCACAGGGCACAGCACACUCGUGACCAGCAGGUAAGCGGGGGCUGGAGCCUGCAGAAAAUCACCUGAGUGCCACGGCCGGAGGCUGCGGGUGACCCUCCUUGCCCUGGGCACAGCUUCUGCUCCAGGAUGUGUGGAGGGGGGGACAUCCCCCCAGGAGCCUUGGGGACACAGGGGGGCGAUGGCAGGACCCCGAGGAGGUGAGCACCCAGCUCCUGGUGGGAGGUUGUCACCAGGAUGUGGCGAGCAGCAAGAAGAGCCCUGGUCUGUGCCUGGCGCGGGUGCUGGAGCACAGCGGCACCCCGGGCAUGGCUGCGGGCCAGCAGCUAGGGCUGGCCAGGACAGUCCCCAGGACGGGGGACUGGGGACAGCAGUGACAGCCCCAGGCCUGCGGCAGCUGGGACACUCAGCACAACGGGGCACUGGAGGAGCAUGGCGGGUGCUGGGACACAGACAGCUCUUUGCAGGGCAGGAGGGAGGGAAGGAGCAGGGAGCGGUGUCUCAAAGAUCACAGUCAGAUAUUGAUAAAUAGGAGGGAGCAGAGUGUGCACUCGGCUGGUGACACCUGACAGACUCGGGCACAGCAGGUAGGAGGGCUGGGGACAAUGCGGGAACUCAGGCUGGCACAGCCCCGUGUGUCCCACAGGUGGGUUGCAAGUGGGUGAGCAUCUUGGGACCCUUCAGGGCCACCAGCCAGGGUGGCGUCAGCGCUCAGCGUGAGGCCAGGCUGCGGAUCUGCAGGAGGACACCUCGGUCCUGCUGUCCCCGUGAAGGGAGAGACCCCAGCCCAGCCCUCCUCCUUUAUGCCCACGGGCUCAGCCCCUGCUGCAGUGCCAGGGCUGGGGAGGGCACCGGUGGGGAGAUGACACCAGUGGGGAGAUGGCACCAGCAGGAGAUGGCAAAGCCUGUGACGUGCGCUGGGGGUUGACAUUCCUGCUCCCCUCAUGUGUAAAGGGACAAAGUCUGCGGCGGGGGCUGUGGGGUGGAGGAGUUUUGCUCGGCAGCCGUGCUGACCCACUGCCCUGGCUGCGCUGUUGGACGGAGAGAAGGACCGAGAAGGGCCAGGUGGCCAUGGCGGCGGAGAUGUCGCUGAGCCACCGGCUGCCCCGCGGGGUGCUGAGCGAGGCCGAGCUGGAGGAGGUGGCGCAGAGGAAGCCCCCGGCCAAGCCCUCGCUGCACAGCUGCCUCCGCAAGGCCAGGUGCUCGGCCUCUACCGCCAAGUCCCUGCUGUUCCGGUUCCUGCCCUUCCUGCGCUGGCUGCCCCGCUACCCGGUCAAGGACUGGCUGCUGGGGGACAUCGCCUCGGGCUUCAGCGUGGGCAUCAUGCACCUGCCCCAGGGGCUUGCCUACGCACUGCUGGCCGGGCUGCCGCCUGUCACCGGGCUCUACUCCUCCUUUUAUCCCGUCUUCCUCUACUUCUUCUUUGGAACAUCCAGGCACAAUUCUGUGGGCCCCUUUGCUGUUAUCUCCGUCAUGAUCGGCAGCUUGACGGACUCCCUGCUGCCCAGCGACAACUUCCUGGAGUUUGUCAAUGGCACCAACAUCACGAUGGUCAACGAGGAACAGCGUGACGCUGCCAGGGUGGAGCUGGUGGCCACCAUCACCGUCCUGACAGGCAUCUUCCAGGUGGCCCUGGGCCUUCUGCAGUUUGGCUUCGUGGUGACCUACCUCUCAGACCCGCUGGUACGCGGCUACACCACGGCUGCCUCCGUGCAUGUCCUGGUCUCCCAGCUCAAGAAUGUCUUUGGGGUCUCCUUGGGCGAGUACUCGGGGCCACUCUCACUGUUCAAGACCUUCAUUGAGAUCUGCCGGAAGCUGCCAGAGACCAAUGUGGGCACUCUGGUGACGGCCAUCAUUGCCAUGGUGGCUAUCUUCAUCGUGAAAGAGCUCAACCACAAGUUCGCCGCCAAGCUGCCCAUGCCCAUCCCCAUCGAGCUGAUCACGAUCAUCAUCUCCACUGGCAUCUCCUACGGUGUCAACCUGUCCGCCAAGUUCGGCAUCUCCGUGGUGGGCAACAUCCCCAGCGGGUUGAAGCCGCCUGUGGUCCCUAACUUCAGCUACUUUGGGCAGGUGGUGGGCAAUGCCUUUGCCAUCGCUGUGGUGGGCUACGCCAUCUGCAUCUCCCUGGGCAAGAUCUUUGCCCUGAAGCACGGCUACAAAGUGGACAGCAACCAGGAGCUGAUCGCGCUGGGCCUCUGCAACUUCUUGGGGGGCUUCUUCCAGUGUUUUGCCAUCAGCUGCUCCAUGUCACGGAGCCUGGUGCAGGAGAGCACAGGGGGCAACAGCCAGGUAGCUGGUGUCAUCGCAUCGCUGGUCAUCCUGGUGACCAUCCUGAAGAUCGGAGAGCUCUUCAGGGACUUGCCCAAGGCCAUCUUAGCUGCCAUCAUCAUCAUCAACCUCAAGGGCAUGUUCAAGCAGUUUGCUGACCUCCCCAUGCUCUGGAAGUCCAACCGGGUGGACCUGAUGGUUUGGAUUGUGACAUUUGUGGCCACCCUCCUCCUGAACUUGGACAUUGGCCUGGGGGCCUCGGUGGCCUUUGGGUUGCUCACUGUCAUCUUCCGCACCCAGCUCCCCCACUACUCCAUCCUGGGCCGCAUCUCUGACACUGACGUCUACAGGGACGUGGCUGAAUACCAGCUGGCAAGGGAGGUCCCUGGUGUGAAGAUCUUCCGCUCCUCCUCCACCCUCUACUUUGCCAACGUGGAGCUGUACGCUGAGGCUCUGAAGAAGAAGAGCGGCAUCAACGUGGACCGCCUGAUCGAGAAGAAGAAGAAGGCACUCAAGAAGCUGAAGAAACAGCAGAAGAAAGCGGAGAAGGAGAAGGCAAAGAAGAAAAAGGUCGCAGAGGACGGGCUCAACAGUUCUGGGGUGGCGGUGAUAGAGCUGAGUGGGGCGGAGGGCAGCGCACCCCCCGAGCCCACCCUGCGCUCCCUGGGGCUGCCCCAGCCCGACUUCCACGCUGUCAUCCUGGACUUCAGCCCCAUCAGCUUCGUGGACACAGUCUCCAUCAAAAUCCUGAAGAACAUCUUCAGGGAUUUCCACGAGAUAGAAGUGGAUGUCUUCGUUGCCAGCUGCCCGGGUCCUGUCAUUGCCCAGCUGGAACGGGGCAAUUUCUUCAGCUCAGCCAUCACCAAGAGCUGCUUUUUCCCCUCGGUGCACGAUGCCGUGGUCUACAGCAGUGAGGAGCAGCGCAGGGCCUCGGUGGACCGCAGCACCAGGAUGUAGCCCCAUCACAGAAGGACGACCCCUGAGGAUUUGGGCAGGUGACUGGGUGGCUCCACUGCACCAACAGCACUAACUCACCAUCCCCCCGGACUCUGCAGCUGGGACUAGUGCCUGCUCUGGCACUGGGACCCCACGCCCAGGAACCCCCCUGCACACCCCCAGCUCCGACCUGUUUUGGGGGUGCAGAGCCACCCCUGGCUGAGGGGGGAUCCUGCCGCUGACAGUGGGUUUGCAUCGCGGAUAAAACCAUAGCAGGACUCGGGCUUCUUUUUAAUGCACUUUUCCAAUAAAGGUGACCUCAGGCUGGGCCACCCGGCUGCACCCUGGCACUGGUGGGCACUGGAGGGGACUGGCAGGCACUGGUGGGGCGAUUGGUGUGGGCUGGUGGGCACAGGUGCAGACGUGUGGGGGCCACUGGGUACUGCCCAGCCCCGCGUCUGUCCCUCCCUGCGGGCAGGAUAGGCCGCCACUCGCCUCCCUCUGGCCCUUUUUGGCUACUUUUU